AUGUUUAGAGUGCAAGGUUUUGAGAAAAUGGAUUUAUCUGGGCAGCCACCGGCAUAUGAUACCGGAGAGAUGCUGACUGAGAUCAUAAACUUGCCAUGGCGAAAACCUUCUAAUGAAAUUUUCGAUGAUCAGAUGCAGAUCCAGUCAAGUUAUAAUCGUUGGCUGCAAAAACAGCAAAUUCCUGAAGAAGUUCAUGAGGCCGAGCUUCCUUUUAUGUUUCCACAUGUUAAAGCAUCUUCUCCUCCUAUAUCUUCUUCGAUCCAGAAGUUACUUCCCAACUCAUCGGACUUUUCUUUUCAAGGAUUUCCCUUGGUUAAUAUGGACCCUCCACCUCAAUCUACUUGGAUAACUAGCGGCAGCGGUGGGGAUGAUACUACUGCGAAAAUCGAAAGUAUGAUGGAGGGACAAGGACUUUCUUUAUCGUUAUCGUCGUUGAGGCACUUGGAAUCCGCCAAAUUCGAGGAUUUAAGGAUGGAAAAUGGUGGGAUUUACUUCCAUAGUCAAGGAAUGGGGACUUAUUCAAGUAAUCCUUAUGAUCCAAAUAAUCUUGGGCUUAAUCAGCCACGGGAUGAUCAAAUUCAUUUUGGAUCUCCAAGAAUCACAAAUGGCUUGAAGAAUUCGAAAUAUUUGAGAUCUGCCCAAGAAUUGUUGGAAGAAUUCUGCUCUGUUGGGAGAGGGCAAUUCAAGAAUCAAAAAGUGAAAAAGCAAGAUAGAAACCCUAAUUCUCUCUUGAAUGGAGGUGGCAGGGGUGCUGCUGGGGCAUCAUCCUCAAAGGAGCGCCACCCUUUAUCUCAAGCAGAAAGGGCCGAUUACCAGAGGAAAAAAAUCAAGCUAUUAUCAAUGCUUGAUGAGAUAGAUGGAAGAUACACACGAUACUGCGAACAGAUGCAGGCAAUGGUGAAUUCUUUUGAAUUGGUAACUGGAAAUGGGGCAGCAAUGCCAUACACAGAGCUAGCCCAGAAGGUAAUAUCUCGGCAUUUCCGGGGCACAAAGGAUGCAAUAAUUGAACAGCUUAAGCAGAUUUGUGAGAUUCUUGGGGAAAAUGAUGUUACAAUUAGUACUGGGUUGACAAAGGGAGAGACACCAAAGCUUAAGCUGCUUGAACAAAAGUUUAGACAGCAAAAAGCCAUUCAUCACAUGGGAAUGCUGGAUCCUGAAGCCUGGAGGCCCCAGAGAGGAUUGCCUGAACGUUCUAUUAACAUUUUGAGGGCUUGGCUCUUCGAGCAUUUUCUCCAUCCGUAUCCAAGUGAAGCAGACAAGCUUUUGUUGUCUAGGAAGACUGGUUUAUCCAAAAAUCAGGUAUCAAAUUGGUUCAUAAAUGCUAGGGUUAGGCUGUGGAAGCCUAUGGUGGAAGAAAUGUAUCAACGGGAGUUCCAAGAAGAACAAGAGGCAGCUGCGGCAACACAAGACAAUAUUAAUGAACCAAAUUCAGAAACCCAUAGCCAAAAUAUUGCUGUUGUGACCACUGCACAAACUACAAUGCACAACACUGCUACCACACCACUAGCAACAAGCAAAAUAUCAGAAAUGAAUGCAUCAGAAAAGGACCCUUCACAAAACGUCAUCAAUUAUAGGCAGUGCACCUUGGGAAACCAACUCAGUUUCCAAGGUGGCACCUCCUCCCCCUAUGCUGCAUCCAUAUCCACCACGUGUGCUGACCUGACGCCAGCGGUGUACCGGUGUUUUAUGACGAACGAGGCUGAGGCAGCCGGAGUGCAUGAUUUGGGAAUAUCGACUAAUGAAGGUGUCAACGCCGGCCUUGUUAGGCUUGGGAGUACUCUGGCAGGAGACGUGUCUCUCACUCUGGGACUCAGGCAUCCAGGAAAUGUACCUAGAAAUAGAAUGAGCCAACUCUCAAUCUCAGAUUUCGAAACUUAA